AUGUCAACAUUCGUCGCUAGUCUGUUCCUGCCGUAUACGGUUGACUUUCAUGAUGAACCAGAGGCACCUAAGCGACCGAAUCCGCAAAGGAUGCACAGUCGAGCUGGUUCGGCAACUGACAUGAAAGCUCUUGCGAACCAAGCAGCAAGUUUAUUCAAUGGUCCUCCUGUCCCUCCCAAAACUCCUGCAGAGGAGAAGCAGGACGAUUUCUUCACCCAACUGCAAAACGAUCCUCGCAUCAAGCCUAGUGACCCGCGCUCGCUUGCUCGUACUGAAGCAGCUCCUCCAGAAUGGGGCGCCGCUGCUCAAUUCCUCAACCAACCUAAAUCUACUGCUGGUCCUCUUCCAUCUGGUAGCAUUCUCGACUAUGUGAAGUCGGAAAGGAAGGACCCGGAACUACUAGCCAAGCACACAGCUCAGAGGAAACGCAGGCCGACUACUGGCACUUCGCGUAGAGGAAGCAACGAGCGAAAUUUCGCUAGGAAGACCUGGACCGUCGAGCCUGCCAUCCAAGGAAACGGUGGCUUGAUCAAUGCCAUCCGCGCCCACGACGCUCUAAGAUCUGACGAAGAUUUUCAGAAGAUAUGGGUUGGCACUCUUGGUUUCCCUACCGAUGCUCUGCUCGGUUCCAAGAAGGAAGAGAUUUCUGACAGACUGGCUAACGAGUAUGAUGCCGUGACUGUCUAUCCUUCGGAUCGAGAUAUUGACGGACACUAUACGCACUACUGCAAGACCAUUCUCUGGCCAGUCUUCCAUUAUCAGAUUCCUGAUCACCCAAAGAGUAAAGCUUACGAAGACCAUUCCUGGGAGUUUUACAGAAACGUCAACCAGAACUUUGCCGACAAAAUCAUCGCAAACUACAAGCGCGGCGAUAUUAUCUGGGUCCAUGAUUAUCACCUUCUCCUUGUGCCUGGUAUGAUUCGUAAGAAGUUGCCUGACGCCCAGAUUGGCUUCUUCCUCCACGCAGCUUUCCCUUCUUCUGAGGUAUUCAGAUGUCUUUCUACUCGUAAAGAGCUUCUUGAAGGUAUGCUUGGCGCCAACCUUGUGGCUUUCCAGACGAAGGAGUAUGCACACCACUUCUUGCAAACUUGCAGCCGCCUUCUCACAGUCGAGGCUACUCCUGAGGGAGUGCAGUUGGAAGAACGUUUUGUGAACGUCAGCCACGAACCUAUUGGUGUGGAUCCCGAAGGUAUGGCCAAGGCUAGAGAAGAGCCUGAGGUGAAGGACUGGAUCAAGGUGAUUCAGGAAAGAUACAAGGGCAAGCACCUUAUUGUUGCUCGUGACAAGCUGGACAAUGUCAGAGGUGUCAGACAAAAGCUGCUUGCUUUCGAGUUGUUCCUCAACAAGUACCCACAGUGGCGUCAAAACGUCGUGCUCUUGCAAGUCGCCACAUCCACUACAGAGAACAGCGAACUCUUGGCUACCGUUUCCGACAUCAACACGCGUAUUGACUCGGUACACUCGACACUUGCACAUCAACCUCUGGUCUUCUUGAAGCAGGACAUUUCUUUCUCUCAAUACGUUGCUCUGCUCACUGUUGCUGAUGUCAUGAUGAUUACCUCCCUCCGUGAAGGUAUGAAUCUGACAGCCCACGAGUUCGUUCUGUGUCAAGAUGGAGCUUCGACAGAAAAGAAAUACGGUCCUUUGAUUCUCAGUGAAUUCACUGGUAGUGCUUCGGUAUUUGGUGGCAGCGAAAUAUCUGUCAACCCCUGGGACUACCAGAAGUGUGCUGAAGCCAUCAAGCUCGCUUUGGAGAUGUCUCCCGAGGAGAAGGAACGUCGUUACACCAAGCUCUCCAACGUUGUGCACAAGCAGACUGGAGAUUACUGGUUUACUCGCUUGACCGAAUCUCUUGAAAAGGCUACAAAGGAACAGUUCUCUCGCGAUGCUAUGUCGAUCCCUCGUCUGUCGGUCACUUCGCUUGCUCAAAAGUACAAGGACGCAGAGCGCAGAGUCUUCAUCCUGGACUACGAGGGUACCCUCGCUACAUAUGGUACAGACAAAGAUGUUGUUUUGACAUCUCCUCAGCGUGUCCUUGAUACACUCAACGACCUGUUAUCUGACAAGAAGAACCUUGUUUAUGUCAUGUCAGGUCGCACUCCUGAAGAGUUGCAGCGCCUGUUCCGCCAGGUCCCCAACUUGGGAGUCAUCGCCGAGAAUGGAUGUUUCUUGCGCGAAUGGGGUGCUCAUGAUGACGAGUGGACUGCGUUCGCAGAUGUCGAGGCAUGUGCUGCUUGGAAGAAAGACGUAAAGUCAAUCUUUCAAUACUACUCGGAGCGUGUCGAGGGAUCAUGGAUUGAGGAGCGUCAUUGCUCCCUCGUCUUCCACUACGAGAAGGCAGUGGAUCCCGAGGCUGCUCGUGCCCAGGCGGGUGAUUGCGCCAACCACAUCAACGACAGCUGUCAGAGCUACAGAGUGCAGGCCAUUCCCACAAGCAAGGCUGUCACCGUCGAGUCACUAGAUUGGAGCAAGGGCUCAGCAGCCACCAGUAUCUUCGAGAAGCUUCGUGAGAAGAAUGUCGAAGGUAAGGGACGCACACCACCUGACUUCCUACUGGUUGCUGGCAACGAUCGCGAGGACGAGACCAUCUUCCAGUGGGCCAACAACCUUUCGGAGCAGGGCAAGGUUGCCAACGUCACCACUGUCAGUGUGGGUAAGCGCAACACGCAGGCCAUGACCACUCUCACUCAGGGCACGACUGGUCUGAUCAGCGCGCUUCAGAAGCUGUCCAACUAUUCGUAUGAGACCGCACCUGAAGGGUCUGGUGGCCGACGCCCAUCUGUUCUCCUUACUACUGGUUCCUAG